GUGGAACCCAUCAACUAUCGGGAAAUCAGGUUCUACUAAUGACCCCCGCCCUCUGCCCCAUCCUCGGUCAGCAAUUCCUCGGUCAGCAAGCAACCAGACUAGCAAGUCGCCUAUGAAAGUCGGUAUAGUAUAUUCAACACCGACUCCAAGGAACUCUGCCUGUCAGUCUGACCUAUAUUGAGCCCGCCAACUUGGCGCAAGUACCGCAUUUGACGCUCCUAUUUCCGGAUACGUCUCGAGGAGCACUGCCUUGAGAACUGCCAAUAUGGCACCAGCAUUAGGCCCAGAUAAUGAGGGCUUCCGAUGCGAACUGAACGGACAUGAGAUCCAAUGCAGACACCCGCAAACGCAGGAAGAGAUUACCAUCUCGAUCAAUAACUUAAUCUGUAUCUUGCCCCGAGGCGAUAAGCUUGAGGCUCCCAGGCAUGUUAUGCUGUUUUUGUGGCUCGAUGAGAACGAGUUUGAGGUCUCGAGGGAGUGUAUGUCACUCCAAAGUAUUGAAGUAUUUUCAUUGCCUGCGCAGCUGUCCAAAUUCGUCUGCUCAGAUAUACCUCCCUACCUCGGCGCUUUCACUCACGAACAGGUGGAAAAGGUAGAUAUCCAUGUGAUCAUAUCAACCACUUCUGGCACACGUACAGGCAUGAGUGUCUACAAGAAUAUCCUGAGCCCUCUCUUAUCGCAACUUGGGGUGCGCGAGUAUGCAGUUCAUGAGACCCGGACCACACAGACAAUUGUUGAACUGUGCCACACAAAACUGAUGCCCUGCGCUCAAGCGGGCAUCAAGCAAACAAUAAUUCUACUUUCAGGCGAUGGAGGUCUGACUGACAUCAUCGACUCCUUCCAUGGUGCAGCAAUGCAAUAUCUUGCCAGGCCUAUCAUUGCCCUGAUCCCAACCGGAACAGGCAAUGCCAUGGCCAGUUCAAUAGGGCUCCUAAAAAGUCGAGCGGCUGGACUUUCCGCAUUAUUGCAUGGGCAUCCCGCCCCUAUACCUGCCUUCUUGGCUACUUUCUCUGCUGGUUCAAGGCUUGUUACAGAAGCGGGCAGCGGAAGAGUCAACAUCAAUUCACACUCGCAGAGUAAAACUGGUCACCCUACAGUAUACGGUGGUGUUGUCGCAAGUUGGGGUUUGCAUGCUGCCUUGGUGGCGGAUAGUGAUACUGCUGAGUACCGCAAGUAUGGAGCGGAGAGAUUUCAGAUGGCUGCAAAGGAAAUCCUAUUUCCCUCAAAUGGUGACGAUCCACAUAAGUUCCGCGGUAGUAUCAGCUUCACAUGGCGUGAUCGUCAGACCAACAAGCGACACACAGAGGCUUUGGGAUGUGAAGAGCACAUGUACGUGUUGGUAACUUUGGUGUCGAACCUCGAACCAGGUUUCACGAUAUCACCUUUGUCAGCUCCAUUAGAUGGCUGCCUGAGAAUCAUACAUUUCGGACCAAUGACGUCGGAACAGGCAAUGAACUUGAUGAGCAAUGCGUAUCAAGGAGGCAAGCAUGUCAAUGACGCCAGAGUAACUUAUCGUGAAAUCGAGAGCUUCCGAAUAACCCUGGGCGAGGUCGACGAGAGAUGGAGAAAAGUUUGUAUAGAUGGCAAGAUUAUCGCGAUUGAGCAUGGCGGCUGGCUCGAAGUACAGAAAAUCCCGGAGCGCUAUCUCAACAUUCUCAUACCUGCUCACGGUGAUUCCGAUGUCUGAUUGGGAGGCGUAAGCUAGCGUUUCCGAGGAUUCCAGAGUGUCAUGUACAUGCUGGAUGUUUGGGGAGGUUGGGUUGGACAUGCCCGAAGUACUGAGGUAUUUUCUACAUCUUCUUACUUUGGAGCUAUCAGGAUGUUUCAUCAGGACGUUUUCCAGGGCCUGGGAUACUGUUAUUAAGGCUUUUUGAUGUGAUUGGUACACAAAUAAAUUAUACCAGCAGUAGAAACAG